UUUUUUUUUUUUUUUAAAUUUCAUAUGUGAUUGAAGUGUUAGAUUUUCGCUUCUGUUAAAUUUCAUUUUAACUCUGUGUCAAUAUUUUAUUCAUAUCUAAGAAUGGCUCACAUAAACGAUGGGGAACAUACUAAAGCUAUUUAUACCAUGAUUAAAGAAGGCUUAUUCAAAGAGGCUAUAGCUGUGUUAAAUAGGCAGUUUCAAGCAAAUACAAAUUCUAGAGCUGCUCUGUCACUUCUUGGAUACUGCUAUUACUUUACACAAGAUUUUGUAAAUGCAGCUAAUUGCUAUGAACAUUUAACAGUAGUUUGCCCAGAAGUUGAUGAUUAUAAACUGUAUUAUGCCCAAUCAUUAUAUCAGGCUUGCUUCUAUCAAGAAGCUAUGAAAGUUACUUGUCAAAUUGAAAAUCCUGAAUAUCAAACAAAGAUAGUUAAACUUCAAGCAGCUAUCAAAUAUGGAGAAGAGGAUUUAGCAGCUGCAAAAGGUCUGGUGGAUCAAAGUCCUCCAGGAGAUCCUGAUACAGAAGUUAAUUUAGGAUGUUUAUUGUUUAAGGAAGGCAGAUAUGAAGAAGCUUGUAAGAAGUUUAUGACUGCAAUGCAAGUUGAAGGUUAUGUGCCAGAUUUGUCAUAUAAUAUAGCAUUAUGUUAUUAUCGCAUGAAGCAGUAUGCUCUUGCUUUAAAACAUAUAGCUGAAAUCAUUGAGCGAGGAAUACGAGAACAUCCAGAAUUAAGUGUGGGGAUGAAUACUGAGGGUAUUGAAGUUCGAAGUGUUGGGAAUACUAUUACACUUCAUGAAACAGCUCUGAUUGAGGCAUUUAAUUUGAAAGCUGCUAUUGAAUAUCAGCUGAAAAACUAUGAUGCAGCUAGGGAAGCCCUGACUGAUAUGCCACCUCGUGGAGAGGAAGAGCUGGACCCUGUCACCCUCCAUAACCAAGCUCUUAUGAACAUGGAUACUCAUCCAACAGAAGGUUUUGAAAAAUUGCAGUUUCUCAUCCAGCAAAAUCCUUUCCCCCCAGAAACAUUUGGCAACUUGUUACUUCUGUAUUGUAAACAUGAGUAUUAUGAUCUAGCUGCUGAUGUACUUGCAGAGAAUGCUCAUCUUACUUACAAAUAUUUAACUCCAUACCUGUUUGAUUUCUUGGAUGCCCUGAUAACACAGCAAACAUCGCCAGAAGAAGCUUACAAAAAAUUUGAUGAAAUGGCUGCUCGACACAUUGAAACACUACGAAAACUGACUAAACAAGUACAAGAAGCACGGCAAAAUCAUGAUGAGGAGGGUGUGAAAAAAGCUGUCAAUGAAUGUGAAGAGGCCUUAGAAAGGUAUAUCCCUGUUUUAAUGGCUCAAGCAAAAAUAUAUUGGGAUAUGGAAAAUUAUCAACAAGUUGAGAAAGUAUUCCGUAAGUCAGUGGAAUUUUGCAAUGAUCAUGAUGUAUGGAAACUGAAUGUUGCUCACGUGCUGUUUAUGCAAGAAAAUAAAUUUAAAGAAGCAACUGGAUUUUAUGAACCUAUUGUAAAAAAGAAUUAUGACAAAAUUUUGAAUGUCAGUGCCAUUGUUUUGGCUAAUCUUUGUGUUUCUUAUAUCAUGACUUCACAAAAUGAAGAGGCUGAAGAAUUGAUGAGAAAAAUUGAGAAGGAGGAAGAACAACUGGCCUAUGAAGAACCAGACAGAAAGAUAUUUCAUUUGAGUAUUGUGAAUUUGGUGAUUGGGACUUUGUACUGUGCUAAAGGCAACUAUGACUUUGGAAUAUCUCGAGUUAUUAAAAGUUUGGAGCCAUAUUCAAAGAAGCUUGGAACAGAUACUUGGUUCUAUGCUAAGCGCUGCUUCUUGUCAUUGUUGGAAAAUCUUGCUAAGCAAGUGUUUGUGAUUAGAGAUGCUGUUUUGUAUGACUGCCUUCAAUUCUUUUCUCAGUGUGAAGCCUAUGGACGAAAUGUUAAAGUUACUAUGGAGCAACCUUUAGAUAAUAUACCAAUACAUGCUGGCAAAAAUACCGUAACAUAUGAAGCACGACUCCUCAAAGCUAUUCUCUUGGAAAUUAUGGAAUAAGUGCACUUAAACUCAACACUAUUGUAUUGCAUUGUUAUACUUCAUCCGUCCACUUGCACAUGGAUAUUUGUUCUGAAUUAAUAUUAACAUUUAUCACAACUAAUCUGAAUAUUUUUUAUGUACUUUCGAAAAUGAAAAUUUUUCUGAUGUUUUAAUUUGCUGAAAACAGAAAAGGUAUUUUGAAUAUUUUACUUCAUUACAUUAUUUUCUAGUGAUUAUACAAUAGGAAAGUUUUGUUUCACAAAACUUUUAUAAAUUUUUUGGAUGAUUUUUAAGACAAUACUAAUAUUGGAUUUUAAUGCUUAGAAAAGUGCCUUUUAACAUUAUAUAUAUCCUGAUGCUUGUGCAUUUGCUAUUGAAAUAGUGAUAAUGAUAAAAGAUUACAACUGUGCCUUAUUUUAAUGUUUUAUAUUUUUAAUUAAUAUCAUUUAUUUAAAAGGUUACAAUACAUCUCAUCUCCAUUUUGUUAGAUUUUAUUUCUCGAAUGUAUAUAUUUCAUGAAUUUUUUCCAUUGUUUAUUUAAUUUUAUACAUUGUUUUUAUUUCUACUUAAAAGAAUUUUUAGUUUCCUUACUCUUCCUUAAAAUUUGAAUUCAAAAAUAGGAAAGUUAACUCUGAAUUCUACUAUUUUCUUUUAUAUAAAAUGUUUUAAGCUGUAUUAAUAUUUUAUCUUGCAAGACAAUCUUCUAGUCAGUAAGUUAAGGUUUAGAAUGUUUUGUAGCUUGUCUCGAAACAGCACAUGUAUUUACUAGUCAUUAAGAAAGUUUAUUUAGUUAUGUCUUCUUAUUUGAAGUUCUAUUUAAUAAUUAAAACUAUGUAUAAUAUACAAAUUAAAACCAAUUUUUUAAAAUUACUUUUUUUUAAACUAGUCAUUUUUCUAUAAUUUAUUUAUUUCUACAUAUACUAAGCUGUGAAAUUUUG